AUGGUUAAGUUCUUCUUUAUCCUCCUAAACACUCUAUUCUGGGUGUCUGGCUUGGCCCUGGUCCUGGUCGGGGCUAUGUCUCGGCCCACCUACACAGAAAUAGAGUCUUUCACCCACACAUCCCAGGGCAUGUCUCACACCUCCAUCCUCCUCAUAGUGGUGGGCAUCAUCGUCUCCCUGCUGGCCUUCCUGGGUAGCAUUGGGGCGUGGUCCGACAGCCAUCUGCUCCUUGGAUUGUUCACACACUUCCUAAUGCUGAUCCUCAGUCUGCAGAUAGUGUCUGGUAGUGUCUUCAGAAACAAGGUGGAGAGAAGGAUCACACUGAAAGUCAACGAGGUGACCGUGCAGCACAGCCCCAGGGAUAAGGUUGCCAUCGUUGACCUACAGCAUGCAUUCCGUUGUUGUGGUGCAGAGAACUACACUGACUGGCUCCUGCAGAGCUCUCAUGGGAAUAUUAGUUUUGUGCCACACUCCUGUUGCCAUGUGGAUUCUGUGGCCUGUGUGAAAGUCGUCACCACAGACAUCUACCAGAGGGUCAAUGUUAACCAGCACAGGGAAGGGCGAGAGGGUUACAAAGGCCUUAGAUGA